AUGUCUAGUCUCUAUACGGCUCACCUUGCGCUCAUUGAGAAGUACAAAGCUGUGCUGCAGGACAAAAGGAUCAUCUCGAUCCACCCGGGUGGCCUUGAUCCUCUUCUUGCGCUGUCUUGCUCGGGAUGGCCACUCUGCCUCCAGCCUGGAGUUCCAUGCACGAGUCUUCCUGAGCAGCGAGCAAGAUAUUACGUCGAGGUCGCGAACCAGUUCUUCUGCCAGCGCGAGAUCGAGGCGACGUGGAACAUCGAUCCGGCAGCUGCUGUGCCCAAUGGCUCUGUUAUCUUCUUCACGGGGAAGAUCACUGUGGAUCUGGUCAAGAAUUUGGCCGAGCGCUACGACGGAGUGCAGCUGCAUCUUGUCUGCAUGUCCACGAGUUUUCAGUGGAAUGUUGGUGAAGUGCUGAAGAUGGCAAGCUUCAAGCAAUAUUUCUCUGAGGGUGUGUGGAUGCUUCCACCAGGCGCUGGGGAGUUCAAUCUACGGGUCUUCUGUGCUUCCCAGGACCAGGCGUGCGCCUUCGGAGAUCGUUUGGCGGACGCCACCAGUGAUAUCACUGCUCACCUUCGCGAAUCCAGGAGCAUGAAGCAACACCUCCUCAACAAGGAAGACCUGAGCGUCUUCUAUGGCGGCGAAAGCUUCAGGUCGCAUGGCGAUGGCUCUGGCAAAAGAAAGUUUGUGGAUGAUGAGGAAGACACAGACGCCGACAAGGCGAAGGACGCCGUGAAGUCCAUGAUUUUGGCCUGUGCGGAGAAAGGCAUAGUGCACAAGGACUUGGACACAAAGAUCCUCGGCAAGUGCAUGGACAAGUUCCAGGAUCAUGGCAAGGCUUGUGUGGUCAAUGCCUAUAUCCUCCAUCACCAACUUGGCCGCAACUUCGGGGCAGAGCUGCCAGUGUUUGCCAGCACAGCAAGGCCUUUGUCAUCAUUCGAUGAUAUUGCUAUCGAUGCGAUGCCGCGGAGCUUUCAAGGUGUGGUCCUGGUGGCCAUGGGCAGUGACAAGAAGAAAAGAAUUCGCAGCCUGGUGAUUCAAGAGGUGCUGUCUUGCAAGGGCUGGCAGCACAAAUCAUACGGGCUCUCCUUGAUUGGGCCUCCGAGGCGUCAAUUUGAAGCUCUUUCGAUCCUGCCACCGUACUAUACUGUACUGGCGGGGGUUGUGGCGGCGUGUGCUGUGUAG